GCACCUCGAACGCGAGACUGCGCAAAACGCGCGUGUGGAUUUUGAAGCUCGGCGACUUCACGCGUUAACCAAUCCCGCGACGCGCCUCCUCCUGUUUCUCUCCACUGCGCCAUUUUAAUGCGUCUUCUGGUAUCCGGCAAGAUGGCGGUGCAGCUUUGUGUUUGGUGAAGGUGCUCGUUUAGAAUUAAGCGUUUUCCCUCCGCAGGCUUGUCCCUGCGAGGGGUUCUGAAACCGUCCGUCCUCACAAGUGGGCCGCGGGGUGCGUGGCGUUUUUAGCCGUGUAGAAAAUGGCAACAGCGACCUGCAGUACCAGUAAGCUUAAUACUCUGGUGACAAAGCUUCAUGAGUACUUGGCUUAUUCGCCUGAAGAUGAGAGCAAUGGCUCCUGGAUUCCUGGAAGCACUGUCGGAGAACAGGGUUUUCAUGAAUCAUACAGCACAGACACAGCUAUGGAGCCGCCAAGCAGUUUGACAGAGGCUGGGAACCCUCAGUCUUCACGCUCUAAGAGGAAACCUUCUGUUGUCACCAAACACACUGGACUGAAUAAAUCAGAUGCAUCAAGUGAAUGUGGUGCAGAAGAUGUCAUAUCUGACCUUGGUUUAGAGGAUUGUCUUGAUAUAAACAAUUUACCUAAAGGUACAGUGGUGGUGCAACCAGAACCUGUGGGAAAUGAAAUCAGAGAUGACUUUCGGGGUCCUGAAUUCCAUGGAAGAGGAAUUACUAAGCGAAACACUGAUUUGAAACUGAAAAGAAGAGGUGAGCACUUCCAGAUUGUCACCUGCACUGCCUGUGGGCAGCAAGUCAACCAUUUCCAGAAGGAAUCCUUGUACCAGCACCCUGUACUUAAAGUGCUCAUUUGUAAGUCAUGUUUCAAAUACUACAUGAGUGAUGACAUCAGUAAGGAUGCAGAUGGCAUGGAUGAACAGUGCAGGUGGUGUGCUGAGGGGGGCAACUUGAUUUGUUGUGAUUUCUGCAGCAAUGCCUUCUGUAAAAAGUGCAUUCUACGUAACAUGGGACGGAAAGAGCUGUCAAGUAUUAUGGACGAAAAGCGCAAGUGGUACUGCUAUGUGUGCUGUCCAGAGCCACUCUUGGACCUGGUUGUUACCUGUGAUGCUGUGCUCCAGGGGCCAUGGAGUCAGCAACGAAAGAGGCCAAAAGGAGAACUUGAUAAGCCAGGUGGAGAGAGUGGUGCCUAUAAACAUUUGCAAAAGAACAAAGAAGCUUUUACUGAGAAGGAUCAUAACCAAGAGAACCUUGGUGGUCAGUCGUUGGCUUUUGCUUCCAAUGAGCUUUCCAUACCAAGAGCACUAGCUGAAAAGUUUAAAAAACUCGUUGAAACCACAUUUUCUUUAAAUAACACGUUUAUCAAGUUCAUUCAGCAGAGUACAUACAACCAAGGUGCCAGUGUUGUUAGGUUCAAGCACUUGAAAUCCUUCAGGUUGGUGUUGACCAAUCUGAGAAAGGCUCACAGUGCCCUGGAGGAGGCUUUGGAGCAGGAAAUCAAAGACUGUUGUAUACAGAGUGGAGAAGGGAAUGCAAGGGACUUAAAUAAUGGUGAACUACCGAUAACGAUUCCAGGUGCUUCAGUGGAAAUUGGAGAUGACAUUUUUGAUAACUUUAAAAACAAAUCUGGGGCAAAUAAUUCUACUGAAGCUGCUGUGGAAGAUAGUGCAUCCAGUUUGGUGGAGGAAGUUACCAUGGACAAUAGACAAAUCCAACCAUGCGUUGGAGGUCUUAAGGCCAAGCAAAAGAGAAUAAAGGCCUCUAACAAAAACAUAGCCGCAAAGAAAUCUCUGUCAUUGGUUGGCAUUGUUACAGCUCCUGACUCAUCUAAGCAGCUUUCUGGGGUGGCUGACAUUGUGUCUGAGGCCUCAGGAAGAGCACUAGAAAAUGACAGUUUGACUAGUUAUGUGAUGCCUGCGAAAUCAGACGUGCCCAUUAGCAAAUCUGCUGAAACUGGAAAUUCUAUCGUAGUAACUAAGCAAUUAGUGGUGAAACUUACACCGGUCUUGCUCGAAGAGUCUGCAGGGCCUACAUUACUUAAGAAUCAAGAAGACGAUAAAAAUGGAAAGCAUGAGGAGGAAGAGGCUUGGACUGAAGAGCAGCCUUUGGCAACUGUGCUGCAGGAGGAAGAGCAAGAGAAUCGGCGCUCACCUAGGGUGAAGACCACUCCGUUACGAAGACAGAUGGAUAGCAAGGAGAAGCCAGUUAGUGUGGAGGACAACAGUGAGAGUGACAUAGAUAGCUCAGCGAAAUCAUGGAGGGUAACUACGAAACCUCAGAAUACACAAAGUGUUAAGAAGCCAGAUUGUUCAGCCAAUUGUUCAGUUCAGUUCAGCCAGAAUGAUGAAUCCGAUUCAGAUGAGGUUCCUCCUGUCCUACUUCAGUUAGCUGCUGCAACACCCAGCUCAGAGGCUGAGAGUGGGUCUGAGGAAUGUUUGCAGAGUGUCAAAAAGAAGUGCCUUUUUAGGCUGCGUAAGACCACACUGAAGCGCAAGCUGAAGGCCGGUUCCUCGGGUUCUGACUGCAGUAGCAAAACUGCGUCAACCAAGGAAGCCUCCAAAAAGAGGAGGCAGAAAGAUUCUGAUACUUCCAGUGAUGAUUUGCAGGUGGAGGAAGACAUCAGGAGCAUAAGGAAGCUUAGUUGUCUCAGGGCCAAACCUUGGAGGACUAAAGAAGACACUGAUGUAGAACAGGGUAAACAUAACAGAGGACCUCAUGAAUUAGAGAAGGACGCAUAUCAAACAAAACUGAAUGUUCAGAAAGGCAAGUACACCUCAGGAGAAUCCCCAUACUCUUCCUUUGGGGAGGUCUAUGGUGAGGGAGAAAGCCUGAAUACUGGCUCUGACAAUGACAGUGGUGAUCAGAAGAUCAAACCCAUCACAGAUGACAUGGCUCCAUUGGGAACAAGCACUUUUUACCAGUCUUCGGAGGAUGAAGUAGAGCUUAAAACUGGUUCCAUACUGGCUGCUAAUGACGACAAUGAUGACGACGAUCCAGAAAAUAGAAUUGCAAAGAAAAUGCUCUUGGCCCAAAUUAGAGCCAAUUAUUCGUCGUCAGAGGGCAACUCUAUGGACAGCUGGGAGUCUGAGAAAGAAGAUGAAGACAAGAAAUCCAAAGAGAGCGACACAGAUAGUGGGGAAGACGUGCGCGAGAUGUCUGAUUUGGAUUCCGAUUUUGAUUCCGAUCUUGACACAAAGAGGACUCGGAGGCGGCACCGCCUGCUGCAUUGCAAGCUCACCCUAGGAUCAGGUAACGCUAGUAGUGGGAAACCUGAUGUCCACCAGAAGAAGGAAAGAAAGAGGAACACGGGGAGACAAGUGAGCAGCGAUGAUGCCAGCAGAUCUGACUUAGAGGAGUCUGGCAUGAGUGAGGUGAUCAGUGUCUCAGAUUCUGAGGAGGAUUGCAGAAUUACAAGCGUCAGGAGAAAAUCUGCAGAGAAUGAGCCACGGAGUUAUCAUCUGAGGAAAAGGCAGCAGCACCCCAAAUUUUGUAACACCUCUGCCAGUGAGAAGAGUGAGGAGAAUAAAGAAGGAGGAGACUGCUACAAGUUCAUGUUCAAGGGCCGCAAAAAGAUCCGUGACAUCAUGAAGGAUGAUGAUCUGAGGUCAGAGACCCAGAGCGCACAGAAAGAAGAAGAAGACAGGCGCAAGCGGCUUGUGGAGAAGCAGCAUCUGCGAGAGAAUUUGCGAGAGGUGACUGUGGAAGAUGAGACACAGUCCUGUUGUCCUGUCACCACCAAGUUUGUGCUGGAGGAGGACAAGGACACGAAGGAGGUUCUGGUCCAGGUGCACAGGAACUUGGUGACCAAGCUGAAACCCCAUCAGGUGGAUGGUGUGCAAUUCAUGUGGGACUGUUGCUGUGAGUCCGUGGUGAAAGUCCAGAUGUCCUCUGGUUCUGGCUGUAUUCUGGCCCACUGCAUGGGCCUGGGUAAGACGCUACAGGUUGUUACAUUCCUCCACACCAUGCUGCUGUGCAAAAGCAUGAACUUCCGCACUGCUUUGGUGGUGUGUCCUCUCAAUACAGUUUUAAAUUGGGUCAGCGAGUUUGAGAAGUGGCAGGAAGGUAUGAGUCCUGAGGAACAUUUGAAGGUGUGCAAGCUGGCCACACUGAAGCCUAAGCAGCGUGCCCAAGCACUGCAGUGCUGGCAGAAGAAUGGCGGCAUCAUGAUAAUUGGCUAUGAGAUGUACCGUAACCUCUCACUUGGCUGGAAAGUCGAGAAUGAGCUACUGAAAGAGACAUUCUACAAGACGCUGGUGAACCCAGGUCCAGAUUUUGUGGUCUGUGAUGAGGGCCACAUUCUGAAGAAUGAAGCUUCUCUUAUAACCAAAGCUAUGAGUUGUAUCAGAACGAAGCGGAGAAUUGUACUGACAGGGACCCCACUACAGAACAACCUCACUGAAUACCACUGCAUGGUGAACUUUAUUAAGGAGAAUCUCCUUGGAUCAGUUAAGGAGUUCAGGAACCGCUUUAUUAACCCCAUUCUGAAUGGCCAGUGCUCUGACUCCACCCCCAGUGAUGUCAGGAUUAUGAAGAAGCGUGCGCACAUCUUGUACGAGUUUUUGGCUGGAUGUGUGCAGAGGCGAGAUUACACAGCUCUAACAAAAUUUCUGCCACCCAAACACGAAUAUGUCCUGGCCGUGAAAAUGACACCAAUACAGACUACACUGUAUCAACAUUACUUGCAGAACUUUUCAUGUGGGGGUACCACUGUUGAGUGGAACAAGGGCAGCAAACUCUUCCAAGAUUUCCAGAUCCUCAGUCGAAUCUGGACACACCCUUGGUGCUUGCAUAUGAGCUACAUCAGAAAAGAUAAGGGAUACUUUGAAGAAGAUGGUUCUAAAGAAUGUCGAACUGCCAAAAUCAAGGACUCUUCAAGUACUUUGAGUUUUGUCAAUAACAGUAUUAAAAUAAAAACAAAAGUAGAUAAUGGGAGAAAUGAUAGCACAGACAGGUCAGACAUCGAUGAAGCAGAAAUAAUUAAUGGAUGGGAUUCAAACAGUGGCAACCCCGCAGAGGACCAUCAGACAGGUCUUAUGGAAAAAGCAGGGAAGUCAGUCUCCACUUCAAGGCCAGGCACCCCAUCCAUUGGAUGGCACAAGGAAUUUGUCAGUGAAGCGGAUGCUAGGAUUCUGGAACACUCUGCGAAGAUGGUGCUGCUCUUUGAGAUUCUUCAAAUGGCAGAGAAAAUCCAGGACAAAGUACUGGUGUUCAGUCAGUCUCUAAUCUCAUUAGAUCUGAUUGAAGAUUUCUUGGACUUUGCUGGAAGAGCCAGAAAGGAAGGGAAGCCCUCGCCAUACAGAGGGAAAGGAAAGUGGUUACGAAAUGUAGACUACUACCGGCUGGAUGGCUCCACUAAUGCAGUGAGGCGCAAAAAGUGGGCUCAAGCCUUCAAUGACACCAGCAACACAAGGGGCCGCUUGUUCCUCAUCUCCACAAGAGCUGGAUCUCUUGGAAUCAACCUAAUUGCAGCUAAUCGGGUCAUUAUUUUUGAUGCCUCAUGGAAUCCUUCUAAUGACAUCCAAAGUAUCUUCAGAGUUUACCGGUUUGGCCAGCCGAAGCCUGUUUUUGUUUAUAGGUUUCUGGCUCAGGGAACUAUGGAAGAGAAGAUCUAUGAACGACAGGUGACCAAGCAGUCGUUAUCCUUCAGAGUAGUCGACCAGCAGCAGAUUCAGCGCCAUUUCACAACGAGUGAGCUAACGGAGCUGUACAAAUUUGAGCCCCAUCAGUUGGACAACCCUAACUCCAAGAAGAAGACCAAAGAGACUACCCCAGUGCUGCCCAAAGAUUCUAUCCUGGCCGAAUUGUUGCACAGCUUCAAGGAUCAAAUAGUGGGCUACCAUGAACAUGACUCCCUGCUGGACCACAAGGAGGAGGAAGCCUUGAGUGAGGAAGACCGCAAGGCUGCUUGGGCUGAGUAUGAAGCAGAGAAACAGGCUAUGAAGAUGAAGUCCUUCCCACCUCAAACUAUAGAAGACGCAACCACUCUCUCACAGGUUAACACCCAUGGACUGGAAGGCACCAUUAAAUCCAAUCAAAGAAAGAACAAUACAAAACAAAACAAAACGGUGAUUUCUUAUGCUAAUGAUGGAUCAGUGACUGGGUGCCCUGGUUUCCACUUAAAAUCCCAAGACACUCUAUGCUUUUCAGGUGAAUUGAAACCAUUAAACUGGAAUGAAGACACUGGCCUAGAGACUUCUGACCACUUCUUCUCCUUUAGCAUGGCAUCUCUGAGCACUAUGACCGAUGAAGAGCUUCAGGCACUCCUCCUUCAAGGUCGAGUGAAAGUGAGGGAGGCCAGCAAAGCAUUGGAGAUGCAGCCCAGAAAGCCCCUGGAGGAAAUACUCAGUCAGCUUUGGAAGGAUAACCCCAGUCUCAGUGAAGAGGAGUUGCAGUCUGCAGGAGUUGCCUUGUUGGACACAAUGGAAGACGAGAUAAAGUAUAAAGACACCAUAUACCAAAAAGUUCUCAUGAGUCAGCAUAAACUGCUGAAGUAUGUUUCAAGGAUAUUGACCGAUAGGAAAAAUGUGAGCAGCUGCACUGACCACGUAAACUAGCAAACCACCUUUGGAAAGAGAGAUGAGCAGUGAUCAUGCCUUGGACUUACCAGUUGGACUCACCUGGGUUUUACCACAAAGCCCUGCCCUUGUUCAUAUAAACAAAUGCCUCAAUCGUUGAUUGCACAACUAGUUUUAGAGCUCACGUUUUCUUUUGUAUUUUUACAGGCAAAUGUGUCCUUUUUCGAAAUG